CGCACUUCCGCACGCGCCCUGACACCCGCGUCGAGCACGAUGUCGGCUUUCGUUCAGAGCGCUUUCACGACCGGCGGGUCCACGUUCGUUCGCGCGCGUCCCCAGACCCGCCGCGCCCCCGCUACCAGGGCCUCCGGGCGGGUAUCCCUGCGCGUUCAGGCCAUCGCGGAAGGUCGCCAGUCCCUGUUCGUCGCCGUCACCGUCAAAUCCGGCAAGAUGGAGGAGUACGAGAAGCUCAUCAAGCGACACAUCACGAACUGCUACAUGAACGACAGGUGCAUGUACUUCGACUUUGGGGUGAACCAGGACGGAUCGGAUCCCAACGUCGUCUACCUGUACGAGGUGUACGAGGACGAGGCGGCGCUUCAGGAGCACCGGGACAGCUCGCACCUGAAGGAGUAUCUGUCGGCGGCGGCGGAGCUCACCGACUCCCACGACGUCAGGACGCUCAACCUCGCGCCGUACGGCUCCGUGAACUGCAACUACGCCGGGCAGUGCGAGAUAGGUGAGGGUAUGUGGGACUAGCCAGGGUGCGAGUCACGUUUUGACUCUCGCGAUGUAAAGCUUUGCCUAUGUAUUUUCGUAA